UAGGUUGAGGAGGCGGGCGGUCUCCCCCCGGCGGCUGGAAGGCGCGGGUCCGGGAGUCGAGGCGGCGAAAGUCGGUCGUUGGGGCUGAGGAGGUGUGAGGGGGGGGGACUCGGUGAUGGCGAUUCGAAAAAUUCACACGACACCGCGUUCGGUGAUGGCGGCGGUGACGGCGGCGGUGACGGCGGCGGUGACGGCUGUCUCGGUCACCAAGUGCAAAUUUAUGAAGUAAAAAAAAAAACGCCUCUUGGGUUUGGUCCCCCGCGGAGAUGAAGCGGUGCAAAUCCGAUGAGAUACCCCUGGAUGAGGACCACGGGAUGAAGGCAAGAGCUGGCGGUGCUGAUGCUGGGAUGAAGGACCAUGUCUACGGGGAUGCUCCUCAGGAUGCCUCCUGCCCCUCUCUCCCUCCGCCUUCGUCCUCCCGCAACAACAAAACGCCAGAUCUUAAGCGAAUCCAGCAGGUGUCUGAAGGAGGCAGUUCAGGUGGCAUGUUUGGACAUGGGCUGAAGCAACUUUUUCACCAUCGGAAACGGUCCAGAGAACGUGACCAGACAACGCAAGACACCUCUCAAUCUUGCCACCAUCACCAUGGGCACUCUGAUCAUGAAUCAGCGGAUGAGAAAGAAAGAUCUCCUGAGAUGCACCGUGUGUCCUAUGCCAUGUCCCUCCACGAUCUUCCCGCUCGCCCUACUGCCUUCAAUAGGGUUCUGCAGCAGAUCCGUUCCCGGCCGUCCAUCAAGAGAGGAGCCAGCCUCCACAGCAGCAGCAGGAGGACAAAAAGUGGAGCAGCUGAAUGUCAGAAAGGUAGUCCUCACCUGGUGCGAAAGACGCCCCAGGACAGUUCGUUGACCGCAAUCCUACAGCAACAUCAAUACAGACCGAGAUCCUCAUCCACCACGGAUACACCCAUUGCUGCUGGCGAAAGUGGCAGCAUCUACCCAGCAAAUGAGGAGUCGGAACGGAUCACAGAUAAGCUUGAAAAGGGAGAUGUGAGUACCCUAGGGCUGCCAGGGAACGCCAGCCAUGGAGGCUCGGACACCAAUAUCAGCCUUGAGGUCCCUGACGGCACCCCGGACCCUCAUAAGACUAAGGCCGCCAUAGAGCACCUUCACCAGAAGAUCCUGAAGAUCACGGAGCAGAUCAAAAUCGAGCAGACCGCCCGGGAUGACAAUGUGGCCGAGUACCUGAAGCUAGCCAACAACGCGGACAAGCAGCAAGCCUCUCGCAUCAAGCAGGUCUUCGAGAAGAAGAAUCAGAAAUCAGCACAGACCAUUGCCCAGUUACACAAGAAGCUCGAACACUAUCACAGAAAACUGAAAGAGAUCGAACAGAAUGGUCCAUCGAGACAACCCAAGGAUGUCCUUCGGGACAUGCAGCAGGGCCUCAAGGACGUGGGGGCGAAUGUGCGAGCGGGAAUCAGCGGCUUUGGUGGAGGAGUAGUGGAAGGAGUGAAGGGAGGGCUGUCGGGCCUCUCGCAGGCCACCCACACCGCGGUGGUCUCCAAGCCCCGGGAGUUUGCCAGCCUGAUCCGCAACAAGUUCGGCAGCGCCGACAACAUCGCCCACCUGAAGGACCCGUUGGACGAGUCACACCCGGAGGAGGCAGCCAGGACUCUGAGCGGCAGCGCCACGCUGGUCUCCAGCCCCAAGUACGGCAGCGACGACGAGUGUUCGAGCGCCACGUCCGGCUCCGCGGCUGGCAGUAACUCGGGGGCGGGCGCCGGGGGCAUGGGCAGCCCCAAGUCAAACACACUGGACAGCCACCACAACAACUUUGAUACUAUCCUGGACGAACUGCGCAAAAUCAAGGACAGCCAGUCGCACCUGGAGGACGCCAUGGAGGACUUGAAAGGGCAGCUACAAAGAGACUAUGCCUACAUGACCCAGUGUUUGCAGGAAGAGCGAUACAGAUAUGAACGUCUGGAGGAACAGUUGAAUGAUCUGACAGAGCUCCAUCAGAACGAGAUGUCUAACUUGAAACAGGAACUUGCCAGCAUGGAGGAGAAGGUGGCCUACCAGUCUGACGAGAGGGCCCGAGAUAUCCAGGAAGCCCUGGAGUCCUGCCUGACCCGCAUCACCAAGCUGGAGCUCCAGCAGCAACAGCAACAGGUGGUGCAGCUGGAGGGAGUAGAGAACGCCAACGCCAGGGCCUUGCUGGGCAAGUUCAUCAACGUCAUCCUGGCCCUGAUGGCGGUCAUUCUGGUCUUCGUCUCCACCAUCGCCAACUUCAUCACUCCUCUCAUGAAGACCCGAUUCCGAGUGCUCUGCACGAUGUUACUGGUGCUCUUCCUGGUGUCCUUGUGGAAACAGUGGGACAAUAUCGUGCACGUCUCACAACAAAUAGGCUUAAUCAGCUGAUGUGGACAGUGGUGGGUGCGGCUGGCAGAUCCGUGUGUGAUUAUUUUUCCAAGGUUUCCAGGCCUUUCGUUCCCCUCCUCCCUCCUUCCCUCCCCUUCCUCCCUCCCACUACCCAUUGUUGUCAAUCACAUUGUGAGCGAGGCAACUAACUGUACUCGGCAUCGCAGCCUGGGACCACGAUAAGGCCUGGAGUCAAAGGGACGAAAGGAGAAUAGCGACCAAGCCAGCUUUGCCAGACUGCCCUGCGCAGACCUGCACGCAGAAGGAAGACAGAUCGACAUGGUCCAUAAUGACUAGUACCAUCUCAGUAUUGCAUCUUUCCCCCCCAACCUCACCUCCACCUUGUUAAUUUAUAACAAUAUAUUUAAGUCUCCUUUUUUGUAGGGGGGGAAAAGAAGGGAGGAGUCUGUAAUGUUUGUGUUACUGCCUAUUUAUUUAUGACUAUUGCAUUGGGUAAUAUAGCAGAAAUGAUUUGCACAUUCCCCUCUCUCUCUAACCCGA